AUGAAAUUCUUUGCAGAGCAUCUACCUAGGAUUGGAAUAGUAUUAAUAGUGGUUGUGGAUAUUACUGGUGAGUUGGUGAUACAAGGGAUUCAGUCUAAAAUCCUGAAGCUUAAAGAUUCUAUAGAUACUGUUUCGAUUAUUUUACCAUGUGAGGUAGAAUUUGGUACUGAUACCAACAUCACGUAUCAAAAUGGACAAGCAACAAUUCGUGCACAUGAAAGGAAGGUUAACCUGAAAUCGCAUCUUGAUAGGACAUCUAAUUUUAUGGUUGCGUUUUCCAGUAAUUUUAAAUGGAGUAAGUUAGACUUGCAGGAGCCGUUUAAGUUUCUAUGUUACUGUUGUAAUUCUACACUGCUAUCUCGAUCAGAUUGUAAAAAGAUCCGUGAUAUGCCUACAGAAUUUUGGACGGAAUUGAUGGACUAUUGGCAUUGUCAUAAACCAGAUGAUAAUUCUAAGGAGAGCAAAAACUAUAGAGACAAAUAUAACAUAUUAGUUCCCAGCAUUGCAGAAUUACUUGUUGGUGAUUCGUUCCUGAUACUGAACAGGGAUUGGCUGAGUGAAAGGUUUUUAAUAACUCCGGAAGGUCCUACAUGUCAAAAAUGCUCUACUCUACUUGGUGAGUUGCCAAAUGAAAAGGUUAUAAAACUGUACAAAUGGAAUCUAAUACUGAUAAAGUCAAAUGGUAUUAAAGAACGGUAUGGUAUGGAGCAAUCAGUUAUAGCUUCAUUGAUGAAUUUAAUCAAUUCAAAUGCGUCUCGUGUAAUAAUUCUAUCGUGUGGGAAUAAUUCAAAGACAGUUUUGUGGGUGUUUAGCAUUGGAUUGAACGUAACGUUGUCUGAUAAUACUGAAAUUAAACAGGGUCUUAAAUUUUUGUACACAACAGAUUUAGAUAUACUUUCCUCAGGGAAAGUGCCAAGUCGUCAAACUGUAGAUACAUUGAAUGUUACCCCAGAUUGUUAUCGCAGUUUUAUCGAGUCUCUUGACAAGACUCGUGACAAGCUUCCCGAACAACAUAAAAUGAUAGACAACUGGUAUAUAAGUUAUGUAAGUUACUUAUAG